AUGAGCACUUCUGCAAAAUCCUCUACUGCAAUCUUCACUGAUGAAGACUUGCUGGUGAGUCUGGAUAGGAAUGAUCUAAGCCUAAUUGGGAGAGUGUUCUCCCACUCGCCUGUCUCAAGAUCUAGGAUGCACCACACUGUGAAAAGAGCCUGGGAGACUACCAAGCCGGUGGUAGUCAUCGAUGUUGAACACAAUCUGUUUCAAUUUGUCUUUGAUAACAAGAUUGACAUGGCUGUUGCAGAAAGCAGGGCACUCUAG